AUGGCGUCGCGCGCUUUGGAUGCGCUGUCGUUAUACGAUCGCAACCAAGAAGCAACGUUGUAUGUUGGAAAUGUAGACACACAAGUAGAUGAAGAGCUUCUUUGGGAAUUUUUUGUACAAGUCGGCCCAGUAAAACAUGUGCACAUUCCAAGAGAUAAGGUAACGGGGCAUCAUCAAGGUUAUGGAUUCGUCGAAUUCGAUACUGAGGAUGACGCAGAUUAUGCUAUACGCAUUCUCAACUUUGUAAAACUCUAUAAUAAACCAUUGAAACUAAACAAGGCCUCAAGAGAUAAACAAACAUUCGAGAUAGGAGCCAAUCUCUUCAUCGGUAACCUCGAUAGUGAGGUAGACGACAAACUCUUACACGACACGUUUGCCUCAUUUGGUAACGUAAUAUCGGCAAAGGUUGUGCGAGAUGGUGACUCUUCAGAAAUGAAGGCUUAUGCCUUCGUAUCAUAUGACAGCUUCGAGGCCAGUGACGCAGCACUGGCAGCUAUGAAUGGGCAAUUCCUUUGCAACAAACCCAUACACGUAUCGUAUGCUUAUAAAAAGGAUACCAAGGGCGAGCGUCAUGGAAGCGCAGCCGAACGUUUAAUCGCAGCAAACCGCCCACAGGAGUUCCUCAACCAGAUGGGAGUGUCACCUUACGCGGCUGCAGUACCGCCAGUGGCACCGGCGGCACCCAUGUACCCACCGCCUAUAACGACACCACCCAUUGGGAUGCCUCCUAUUAUGCCGCAUCACCCGGUACAAAUGCCAGUAGUCAAUGCCUACGGCCACGUACCACCUGUGCCAGGCAUGCCUCCAGUACCGCCAAUGCCACCGGUACCCCCGGCUCCACCAGUUAUGAGACUACCACAAAAUAUGCCACCACCUCCACCCAUGUAUUAA